AUGGCGACUGUUCUUCGGCUGGUGAGGUUAUCAGAGGGAUGUGAGCUUGAAGGAGGAACUCUUGUUUUAGCUCUUGAAGCAAUGGCUAUUUUGACUUCCCCGCCGCAGCCACCGCCGCAGUCGUCGCCUCAGCCGCCCCAGUCGCCGCAUUCGCCGCCUCAAUCUCCGCAGUCGCCGCCGCAGACACCGCAUUCGCUGUCACAAUCGCAGCAUCCGCCACAGUCGUCGUCGCAUUCGCCGCAGUCGUUCCCGCAUUCGCCGCUGCAUUCACCGAAGUCGUCGCCUAAGUCACCGCAGUCAUCGCCUCAGCCGCUGCAGUCACCGCCGCAAUCGCCUUCUCCGUCGUCGUUGCCGCCCCUACGACCACCGCAGCCUCCGCCGCUGUUCCUUCUCUCACCGUCCCUUGGCCCCUACUUCCGCCGCAGUUGCUGCCGCAGCCACCAUCGCGUUUGUUCCUGCCACGUUUCUCUCGGUCUCGGCGUUUCUCUCAGUCUUAGACGUUGUCAUCGCCGUAACAACCACUCUCUUCCCCGCCGCAACCACCACCGCAGUCGUCACCUCAGCCGCCCCAGUUGCCGCAUUCGCAGUCUCAAUCGCCGCAGUCACCGUCGCAGUCACCGCAUUCGCCGUCGCAGUCGCCGCAUUCGCACAGUCGCCGUCGCAUUCGCCGCAGUCAUUCCCGCAUUCGCCGCAGCAUUCAUCGAAGUCUCCGCCUCAGUCGCCGUAGUCGUCGCCGCAGCCGUUGCACUCGCCACCGCAGUCGCCUUCUCCGUCGCCGUCGCCGCCCCUACGGCCACCGCCACCACAGCCUCCAAUGCUGUUGCUUCUCUCAUCGCCCCUCGGCCCCCGGUUCCACUACAGUUGCUGCCGCAGCCACCAUCGCUCCCCGCCGCAGCCACCGCCGCAGUAGCCGCCUCAGCCGCCCCAGUCGUCGCAUUCGCCGCCUCAGUCGCCGCAGUCGCCGUCGUAGUCACCCCGGUCGUCGCCGCAGCCACCACAAUCGUCGUCCCAGUCGCCGCAUACGCCACAGUCGUUGUCACAUUCGCCAUAGUCGUUCUCGCAUUCGCCGUCGAAUUCACUGAAGUCGUCGCCCCAGUCGCCGCAGUCGUCGCAGACGUCACCGCAGUCGUCACCUCAGCCGCCGCAGUCGCCUUCUCCAUCGUCGUCGCCGCCCCUACGACCACCGCCGCCGCAGCCUCCGCCGCUGUUGCUUCUCUCUCCGCCACUCGGCCCCCGGUUCCGCCGCAGUUGCUGCCGCAUCCACCAUCGCCCACUGUCUCAACAUCUCUUUCAUAUUCCGCCGCCGGAACCAUCAUCAAUGCAAUUAUUCCGAUCAUCAUCGCCACCGUCGCAGUCGCCGCCUCAGUCGCCGCAUUCGCUGCCUCAGUCGCCGCAGUCGCCGCAGUCGCCGCCGCAGUCACCGCAUUCGCCGACACUAUCGCCGCAUUCGCCGACACUAUCGCCGCAUUCGCCGACACUAUCGCCGCAUUAGCCGCAGUCGUUCCUGCAUUCGCCACCGCAUUCACCGAAGUCUUUGCCUCAGUCGUCGCAGACGCCGCCUCAGCCGCUGCAGUCGCCACCGCGGUCACCUUCUCCGUCGUCGUCGCCGCCCCUACGGCCACCGCCACAGCAGCCUCCGCCGCUGUUGCUUCUCUCACCGCCCCUCAGCCCUCGCUUCCGUCGCAGUUGCUGCCGCAGCCACCAUCGCUAUCAGACGCUGUCGUCGCCGUAACAACCACUCUCUAUGCGACGCUUCUCUCGGGCACUAUCUCAACAUCUCUUUCAUCUUUCGCCGCCGGAACCAACUUCAAUGCAAUUAUUCCGAUCAUCAUUGUCCCCGCCGCAACCACCGCCGCAGUCGCCGCCUACGCUGCCCCAGUCGCCGCAUUUGCCGCCUCAGUCGCCGCCGCAGUAGCCGCCGCAGUCACCGCAUUCGUCGUCGUAGUCGCCGCAUUCGCCACAGUCGCUGUCACAUUCGCCGCAGUCAUUCCCGCAUUCACCGCCAAAUUCACUGAAGUCGUCGCCUCUGUCGCCGCAGACAUCGCCACAGUCGUCACCUCAGCCGCCGCAGUCGCCGCCGCAGUCGCCUUCUUCAUCGCCGUCGCCGCCCCUGCGGCCGUCGCCGCCCCUGCGGCCACCGCCUCCGCCACUAUUGCUUCUCUCACCGCCACUUGGCCCCCACUUCCGCCGCAGUUGCUGCCGCAUCCACCAUCGCUCUCUGACGCCAUCGUCGCAGUAACAACAACUCUCUGUGCGACACUUCUCUCGGCCACUGUCUCAACAUCUCUUUUAUCUUCCGCCGCCGGAACCAUCAUCAAUGCAAUUAUUCUGAUCAUCAUCGUCCCCGCCGCAGCCAUCGCCGCAGUCGCCGCCUCAGUCACCCCAGGCGCCGCAUUCGCCGCCUCAGUCGCCGCAAUCGCCGCCGUAGUCACCGCAUUCACCGCCACUGUCACCGCAUUCGCCACAGUUGCCGUCGCAUUCGCCGCAGUCGUUCCCACAUUCGCCGCCGCAUUCACCGAAGUCGUUGCCUCAGUCGCCGCAGUCACCGCAGACGCCGCCGCAGUUGUCGCCUCAGCAGCUGCAGUCGCCACCGCAGUCGCCUUCUCCGUCGCCACCCUUGCGGCCACCACCACCGCAGCCUCCGCCGCUGUUGCUUCUCUCACCGCCCCUCGACCACCGCUUCCGUCACGCUGUCAUCGCCGUAACAACCACACUCUAUGCGACGCUUCUCUCGGCCACUUCCCCGCCGCAGCCACCGCCGCAGUCGCCGUCUCAGCCGCCGCAGUCACUGCAGUAGCCGCUGCAGUCACCGCAGUAGCCGCCGCAUUCGCCACAGUCGCUGUCACAUUCGCCCAGUCGUUCCCGCAUUCGCCGCCGAAUUCACUGAAGUCGUCGCCUCAGUCGCCGCAGAUAUCGCCGCAGUCGUCACCUCAGCCGCCGCAAUCGCCUUCUCCAUCGCCGUCGCCGCCCCAGCGGCCACCGCCGCCACAGCCUCCGCCGCUGUUGCUUCUCUCACAGCCACUCGGCCCCCGCUUCUGCCGCAGUUACUACCGCAUCCACCAUCGCGUUUGUUCUUGCCAAUUUCUCUCGGUCUCGGCGUUUCUCUCAGUUUCAGAUGCUGUCGUCGCAGUAACAACGACUCUCUGUACGACACUUCUCUCGGCCGCUGUCUCAACAUCUCUUUCAUCUUCCACCGCCGAAACCAUCAUCAAUGCAAUUAUUCCGAUCAUCAUCGGUAUUUCCACCAUUCGUCUAGGUUAA